AUGGAUCAGGACAAACAAGAAUCCAGAAGAAGAGUUUCCUUUGCCGCUGAGCCUCAGAUAAAUUACAUAUAUCAGAAAGAAAACAACACGUCUAUGACUAGUUCAUGCAGUAUGGAUAUGGCCAUGGAUAUUACUACAGAGCUGGCAGAGUUCAAGAACUUGAAUUUGUUUUCAAAGGACUAUAGUGCGAAUGCAGAAGAUGUGUGUGAUGUGGAAAACAUGCUUGAAAUAAAGGAAAAUGAAAGCAAUGGUCUAUCAAAGAGAGUGAGCUUGGAUCCUUUAAAGGCUAUCGAGCACGAAUCGUUUUCUGAAAGUAGCACCACUGCUGCUAACCUGGGAAAUAGCAGCACAGCUAUACAAAAUGUGCAGGAUAAGAUCGACGAUGCCGAGCAUCCAACAAAAGAAGUCGAAGCAAAGAGUCCAGAUGCCAAAUCAAAAGAUCAGACACAGUCUAUUUUCUGGAGAUCUUCCAUCAAAGAUGAACACAGAAAAAGUCUGAAUGUUUCUUUUGAUGAUACAGGCGCGAUUAACAGUUCAUUUGGUGUUGAAGAAUUGGUCAACACGAUUGAUUUGAGGAAAAUUAUCCCGCAGGAAUGGCAAGCGAAGACGAGCAUUGGUGAGUUUCUUGCUUCACAGGGAAUCAGGUUUCUUGAUGAAACCGUUAUGGGGGCCAUGAAAAGAGACACGCUUUCUAAGUCCAGGAAUGUCGUCGAUCCCUCGCUAGUGCUCUACUACAAAUACUCAUUAUCCGAGAGAAUUGAGUUUUUGUAUCAGUUCUCAGGCUUCUUAAUUGAUAAAAUGAAAGAUCUUCAAAAGGAAAUUGAGGAGGUUGAAUCCGGCAUUGAUGUGAGCGGCAUAAACAAAGACAAUUUGAAGAGAAUACGAAAUGAAGCACGAAAUAAAUCUAAGAUUGACUGGUACAGCUUAAGAAAGAUCUACGAGAUUCAGUUUAAUAAGAAAAUGAUUGAAAACAAAAGUAAGAUUGUGGAUCUAUUAAACGAUGUAAAGAGGCAGAACAUGAAGACUGUGGAGACUAUUUAUUUGAAGGAGCAGAGUGUCAAUAGCUUAAGAUCAAAGAUAUCCGAGUUGAAAGAAAAGGUUUCAAGGUUCGAGAAGGAGAAUGUUCAAAAAACCGAGAAAUUGCAGGCGAUGAUUGAGGAGAAAAAGAAGGUAUAUGAAUCGGCCCAAAACGAUUUUGAAACAAUUCUACAGUCGUAUGAGACACAGAAAAAGGAGGAAUGCAUGAUCCAGAAGAGGAUCGAUAGGCUACACCAAGAAAUAUCAAGCCUGAAAAAGAACAUUGCUAUUAAGAAUGUGGGCGAAAGCCAGCUGGACGAAGUCAAACGGCAGUUGGAGAGGUACGGCUCUAUAUAUCAUUUUAAGAUUAUAAAAAUUAGCAAGCAUGCAGUACUAUUUGAAGUUGCCGGUAACGUCGUUUCUGUCGAAGUUAACAGUCUGUCUGAGGUAGUUGAAUUUUCAUUUGUAAAAAGCGAUGGAGAUCCGUUUAGUGAGUUUUCAAGAUCGCUCAUUCAAAAUUCAUGCUGCAGAAAGCUCGUUGACUUUAUAAGAACGUGUCUUGAAAAUUUCUAUCUCUGCUUUUCACUAAGAAAGGAAGUCAAUGCCAUAAAAGAAAAAGCUAAGGUAGAAUGCUUCUAUUUAAAUUCCUGUUUGUACUUUAGAAUUUACCCACCAGACUCGAAGGUGCUACUUGACAUGUCAAUCACAGACGAAUUUGAUUUGAUUUACAACGAGAGAAUAUGUCACAACCUUAAACUAUCACCAGGAUCUCUGAGCUUGUUUAUAUCAGAAAAAUUGAUUAAAUAA